CCACAGCCUUCUUUGUCUCUUGUCCUCUCUUUUCAUGUCACUCGCUCUGUCUGUCGCCUAAACCGUCGUUCUCUUCCCAUUUUCUUCUGUCACAUCUCUACCCUCACUGUCGUUUCUUGUGAAGCCUCGUAUACCCCACGUUGAAAGCCAGCUGCCUGGUCGCGGUUGCCUUUGGUCGUCGUAUAAGCUUUUCGCCCUCGGACCUUGAGCGCAACCACUCCCUAAAAUACCCUCUCAUUCGACUCGACUUGGACAUAUUCGUCACCUCAUCCUCCCUCACACGGAAAGAGAUUCCCAGAAAGGACCGUUCUUGAUUAUUAUCUCGGUACUCGGACGCACAGCGAAACGACGUCACUUGGACGAACUCCACCACCUUCUCUACACUUCCCCCGCACCUUUUCGACGCACGAGAUGGUCAGCCUCAAAGAUAAACUUGACCUCCCUAACAUUCGGAUGGGACUUUAUGCAGCUUUCGCUGUAUUUUCGUUCUUCGUCUUUGUGUUCUGCUGCGCUAGGCUCAAUUAUACGACCACCCUGCAUUCAAGCGACCCCCUGAACGGAGGACGGACGUUCCAUGAUCCCGUCGUUGCGGAACUGCUUUUCACGACCCUUAUCGCUAUGCCUUGGAGUGGAUUUAUGAUUUAUACGAUCCUCAAACGUUAUGAGAACCGAUACGUCUCCAAGUUCCGCGAAGAACUCAUCAUCCUGGGGUUGAUUUGGCUGUUCUGGAUGGUCGGUACUGGUAUCGCCACGUCGAUGUGGGGAAGCCUUGGGUGGUGCCAGCAUAUCAACGCCUGUCGGGUUCUCACUGCCUUGGUCGCGUUCUGCUGGCUCGGUUGGUUGGCGUUGACCGGUCUUGUCGGUUUGACCCUCCUCUUCGUUAUUGCCAACAAGGCCUGGCUUGAACCCUCCCACGGAAAGUGGGAUCCCCGUCAGACUGUAUACAAGGCUUGA